AUGUACUCGACGUUUCAGCGGUUAAACCAGCUCUCCUCGCUGGCGACGACGGCCGUCAUGGUCCUGCUCGGCCUCAUCUCGCUGGCCAGCUGGUACCACCAGCCGACCCCUGCUCCGGGCAAGAUUGACGUCAAGUCGUUGAUGAUCACCCGUGGCCGUAAUCCCUCCCGCUGGCGCGCGCCCGAGGAGGACGUGCUCAAGCUCAAGUUCGACGUAAAAGCAGACCUGACCCCCGUGCUGCGCUCGUACAACACGAAACAGGUCUUCCUGUACCUGCUGGCCGACUACGUCGACGAGGUCUCAAAGGAGGCGCACCAGGUCGUGCUCUGGGACCGCAUCGUGACCCGCGCCUCGGGCGACUUCAGGUCCGUCGACGCGUUCCAUGACGGAAGGCAGAAGCAUAGGAAGACCAAGACGUACAAAAACGCCAAGAUCCGGCUCGAGGGCGCGAGGAACGUGUACUUUUGGCAUCAGCCGGAUGGCAAGUUUGAGUGA